GUUUUAAUCUCAUUGUGCGGUAUUCCUUUUCUUGUCGACAGCCAUUUGCCCAAGAUGAUGCGAACAGUGAAACCUCGUAAUGCGCGGUCGAAGAGAGCGCAGGUGGCUCGCGAGCCAAAGUUGAUUGAAAACACAAAGAAGGCGCUUACCGUGCGCGGGUCGACGUGCAGUUUGACUGUUCAGAAUGCGAUGGCUGAUCUUGUCGCGUACAAGCAACCCGAUGUGAAAAAGUUCCAGAAGAAGAACCAGAUCCACCCGUUCGAAGAUGCGUCGUCGCUCGAGUUUUUCUCGCAAAAGAACGAUGCGUCGUUGGUUCUGUUUGGUUCGAGCUCGAAGAAGCGACCUGACACGUUGACGUUUUUCCGGUCGUUCAAUUACCAGAUUCUUGACAUGUUUGAGCUGCGCAUGCUCACUUACAAGGCGAUUUCCGAGUUUAAGAAGAACGCGGUGAAUGUGGGCAUGAAGCCUAUGUUUUCGUUUGUGGGCCCGAUUUUCGAUUCUCACCCGCAUUACAAGAUGGUCAAAUCCAUGCUUUUGGAUUUCUUCCGAGGCGAGCAGCUCACCAUGCUCGAUCUCGAGGGUUUGCAGUACAUCAUCCAGGUCUCGGCAGCCGGCGACGGCAACAUCAGCGUCUACAGCGGCGACACCUCGAGUCUUCCCGACAUCAACUUCCGCGUGUACCAGCUCAAGACGUACAAGAGCAAGACGCAGACCAAGGUUCCCCGCGUCGAGCUCGAGGAGAUCGGACCCCGGAUCGAUUUCAAGCUCGGCCGCGUGCACGAGGCCGAUCCUGAUCUUUUGAAGCAGGCGAUGCGCGUGCCGAAGCAGCUGCAGCCGAAGGAGAAGAAGAAUGUCGAGACGGAUAUUAUGGGUGACAAGAUUGCUACUAUCCACGUCGGAACUCAGGAUUUGAGAACGCUGCAGACGCGUAAGAUGAAGGGUUUGAAGAAGCGACGGAAUGGGGAUUUUGAGGGAAGCGAGCCGAUGCAGGAGUUUGGAGAUAUUGAUAUCGUCUCUGACGACGAUGAUAAGCCAAGAAAGAAGAGACGUUAGACUUUAGUGUAGGCGUUUGGAUCUAAGCAUUUUUAUGUGUUUUUCAUGUUGUAAGUACAGUUAUAAAAGUUAUCACUUUCGUUCAAAC